GCAAUGCUAACCAGCAGCGCCUGGCCAUGAUGAGUGACGGAAGACAGAGCGGCAGGAUGAGUGACGACGAGUUCCACGGCGUGGUGGACACGAUGGAGGCCGUGGCGAGCUACUGGGCCAGGGAGAAGAACAGGUUCGCGCUCGGCCAUCUCGAGCGCAAGGUGUUCUCGUGGUCCGUUUGGGAUAUCUUCAACAGGGACCUGCUCAGGCACCAGGUCAAGAGGAUACCAGAUACUUUCGAGUCUUUUGCGAGUUACUUGAACUCCUUUGCCUACCCAUUGAUUGAAGAAGUGCAUACUGAUAUCUUCUCUUCAUUGGAUGGUUAUGCUCAUUCGAGCUUCAUAGAAGUAAUCCAGAUGGAAAAGCUUGACAACGAGAGGCCAAUAUUUGGUCUUGAGGUUGCAGAACCUGUGACGGAUGAGAAGUCAAGGGAGGUUUAUGAACCCACAGAGGGUGAUAUAAUAGUCAUGUCCUCGCAGAAACCGAAGGAUGUGUCUGACUUAACACAAAAUAAGGUGUCAUAUGUAUUAGGUUCAGUUCUGAAAAGUGGAGACGACAAAAUUCCACCUAAUUGCUGCAUUGUGCAAUUGUCAUCUGCCAUCCCCAUUGAGGCAGAUCCUCAAACAAAAAUACCAAAACGGCUUUUUUUUGUUGUUUUUCUCAUAAAUAUGGAGACAUACAAUCGUAUAUGGAAAUGCCUUCAAAUGGGACCAAAUGAUGCCAAUCUUAUUGAGCUUCAGAACAAAAAGAGCACGGAUCUUGUUGAUAUGGUGUGGCAGUACAAGAAAAGGGCUGUAGAAGAUGCUAGCUCAUCAUGUUUCCAGUUAUCUCAAACCCUCCGUAAUGAAUCAAUCGAUGGCCUUGGCCUUGAGAAGUUCAAUCUAAAUGAUUCACAGCUAAACGCUGUAGCGGACUGUGUUUUAGCAAUUGAUAAUGACUCCUCUUCCUUAAAACUAUUAUGGGGCCCCCCUGGGACAGGUAAAACUAAAACCAUCAGCACUAUCUUGUGGGCCAUGCUUGUUAAGGGCCGAAAGACACUUGCCUGUGCACCUACAAAUACUGCUGUAUUGGAGGUUGCAGCUCGAAUUGUCAAUCUUGUUGGGAAGCCAUCAGAUGGCAGCAUCUGCUUCUUGAAUGACAUUGUUCUAUAUGGAAACAAGAAGAGGAUGAAGAUAGAUGAAGGGAACGUCCUUUCUGCCGUAUUUCUUGACUCUCGUGCCAAGCGCUUAUUACCAUGUUUCAUGCCGAACACUGGCUGGAGGCAUUGCUUGUGCUCACUCAUAGAUCUGCUUGAGAACUCAGCAACCAAGUACCAGUCAUACAUUCAGGAUAUUAUUCAACAAGAGAGCCCCGUGAAGGAUAUAGAUGAAGACACUUCUUGGCAAACAUGUCAUAGAAAUGAUAACUGUGAGCAGAAUAGCAAGGAGUCUGAAGACAAGGAUAAUUACAGUGAUGUUGUUUUAAAGAAUAAGGAUAAUGACUGUGAUGAUGACGAAUGUUAUGACUCUGGAGAUGUAGAGGAAACAUUAAUGGUACCAUCUUUCAAGCAUUAUCUGAAGGAUGAUUACAACAAACUCUAUGGUAAUUUGUAUGAUUGUAUUGAUAUACUAUACAAUGAUCACCCAAGAAAUCCAGAAACAGAAAGGAGCUUUCAGUGUAUGCUGGAGGUGCUUGAACUGAUCAAAAUUCUUUAUGCUCUGAUAAAUUGUGACUUUGAUGAUGGAGAUAUAUGGUCAGACGAACUGCUUGCAAGCAAAAUAGAAGACGAAGGGGACCCUGAGAUCUGGCCAGAAAAACUGGCCAGUGUACAGAUCAAUUCAUGCAAUAAAUUGAAGUUCAGUCUGGCAAGAUCACUGUGUGUGCAAGAACUAAGAUACCUUUGCACAAACUUGGAGCUUCCAAAUUGUUACAGUGAACGAUCUGUUCAACAAUAUGUUUUGGCAAGAACCAAAUGCAUCCUCUGUACAGUUUCUAGUUCAUUUAGGUUGUAUAAUGUGCCUAAGGGAAAUUCUUCCUCAGGUUUAUGUGGGCUGCUUAAGAAACCUGAAAACAUGAACCUUCUUGAGUUGCUGAUUGUUGACGAGGCUGCACAGCUCAAAGAAUGUGAAACCUUAAUUCCGUUGCAGCUGCCUGGUAUAAAGCAGGCUAUUUUCAUUGGAGACGAAUAUCAGCUUCCAGCUCUUGUGAAGAGCAAAAUAUCUGACAGUGCUAACUUUGGACGAAGUAUUUUUGAGAGAUUAAGUUCAUUGGGCUACAGUAAACAUCUUCUGAAUGUCCAGUAUAGGAUGCAUCCAGAAAUAAGCAAGUUUCCAGUUGCCACGUUUUAUGAUGGCAAGAUAUCUGAUGGCCCAAAUGUCACUCAUAUGAACUAUAACAAGAGGUUUUUGGCAGGAAAAUGGUUUGGUCCAUAUUCAUUUAUAAAUGUAGAUAGCGGACAUGAAACCACUGAAAAGAAUGGCCGGAGCCUCAAAAACACAAUAGAAGCUGCUGUCGUUGUGCGGAUGGUGCAGAGAUUGUUCAAAGAGUCAGUUUCUACUGGAACCAAGCUAUCUGUUGGUGUUGUUUCCCCGUACAAUGCUCAAGUUAGAGCUAUCCAGGAAAAGCUUGGGAAAACCUACAGUAGGUAUGAUGGUUUCUCAGUGAAAGUAAAAUCUGUGGAUGGUUUCCAAGGUGCAGAGGAAGAUAUCAUUAUCAUAUCAACAGUCAGGAGCAAUGGAGCCGGUUCAGUUGGGUUUCUUUCAAACUUACAGAGGACAAAUGUGGCUCUGACAAGGGCCAGGUACUGUUUAUGGAUAGUGGGGAACGGGACAACUUUGUUCAGCAGCAGUUCUGUUUGGCAGAAGAUUAUCAAGGAUGUGCAGGAUAGAGGAUGUUUUUUUGACGUCAGUGAUGACAAAGAUUUGUCAAAUGCAGUAAUAAAGGCCACAAUUGAGCUAGAUGAUGCUGAGAAUUCAGUGAAAAUGGAAUCGCUGCAUAUUAGCAGGCCCAGGUUUCAGAAAACAAGGCCAAAAUAUUGUCCAUGAGAGGCCUGAAUUUUCCAAGGUGCAAGAGCAAUGUCUUUUGAAUACAUCAUGUAGGUGUAAUGGUUUUGCUAUGCAGACCUGAGAUGAGGCUCCAUCUUGAUGCUGUGUGGGAACUUGUGAAGCACAGUAUUUUGUUUAGCAAUGUUAGCUCUAUGCACACUGGUUGCCCACAACCCCCUAAUUGUAGUGGUUUGUUUGUUGGGAGUUUAAUAGUUUUAUCAUUGUUCUGUUUGGAAACAACAUUUGGUCAUGUGAAUGCAGUGUAACUGUGUAAGUCACUUGUUGUUUGGUUGGGUUGUAAGGUAAACUUCACUGGCAGAUCUUGCUCUAAAACUAAAAGGAAAUUGUAAUCGGUGUUACAUGCCA